AAUUAAAACGUCCUGUUUGUUAGCCCUCUUCCCUUCCACUCCCUAGCUCCUCUCGUCGUCUGUCUCUCUCCCCCCUCCUCUCAUUCCCUUUUCCUUUUCCCUCUUCAUUCGAUACACACAGUCACUUCGCAGAGAAUUUCCAAGCAGGGAACCGCGAAGAUGGCCUCGGAGUCAAAGUAUGCGCCAAAGGCCCAGGAGGACGAGCCAGCUUCCUACUCCAACGGCUCCGGUCCUCUGGACCACAGCGACGCAGACGAACAGGCCUCGGAACCGCUCCCUCCCAACCCGUUCCUCAAAGAGCCCCUGCUCUACGUUUCCGGCCUCGACCCCAACGUCACAGACAAGGAGCUUGCGAGCAGUGUCUUUGCUGCGUGCCUUCCUGUCAGGCUCAACAUCGCUCGUCAAGUUGAGGAGGGCGCGAGGGCGUCAGGGACAGUUGAGUUCCAAACGCUGGACAAAGCCGAGAAAGCAUAUGCGACUAUCAGAAACCCAAAAUUGUCCAUCUCAAAAGAGGAGGACGGCGCAGACCCAACGGCGCAGGCCAAACCUCGGCUUAUCAAGCAGCUGCCCCACGGCACCGAGGAUGCCGAUGUCUACGAACUCUUCCGGCCCUACGGCGCCCUGGCGCAAGCGCAGAGGAUCCUGACAAACCCCACAGGCCACGUCACUGGCUUCCGCGGAAUGGCCCUCGUAGUCUACUACAGCGAGGAAGAUGCAGCAAAGGCCCAGGCGGAGAUGCACUGUGCCGAGAUUGAAGGAAAGACGAUCAGCGUGUCGAUUGAUAAUGUGGCAAGACGGCCAAACGGAGGCAACCACCAGGAAUUCAGUCCCGCUGCCCAACCUUUUGUCCCUUCCUUUGGUGCGGGCGCCGGCAACGGCAACGGCAGAGGUAUGAAUGCGACUGCGCCAGCCUUCCAGCCGCCCUUGGGUUCCCCUUCGUCGCUCUCGUCGGCACAGCAGCAGCAGCCUGGUCCCAUUGUGGCCGUGCCGGGUACCAAUCUGCAGUACUCGGCGAGUGCAGCCACCUACAUCGACCCUUGCAACCUCUUUUGCAAGAAUCUUGAUCCAGCGCUCGACUCAAACGAUCUCUUCACCAUGUUCAAGACCUUCGGCCGCAUCGUCUCGGCCCGUGUCAUGCGCGACGACCAAGGCGUGAGCCGCGAGUUCGGCUUCGUCAGCUACACGAACCCAGACGACGCGGCAAAGGCCCUCAAUGCCAUGAACAACACCAUGCAGGGUUCCAAGCUCAUGACAGUCAGGUUGCACGAGCCCAAGCGUGUGCGCCAGGACAAGCUGUCGCACAAGUUUGGAACGCAGUACCGCAACUCAUCUGCGUCGCCGCAUCUCUCAGACGAGGGCUCACCCACGCCAAGCCCGGGGACGAAGAGUCCGGCGAUGGAGAAGCGGGAAAAGAGAGGAAGCAACUCGUACUUCAAGGCGGCCAUCGAAGGCAACAGCUCUACUGUUGACGCCGAUCAGCUGAGAGCCAUGAGCGGGAGUGUGCGUAACGACAUUGUGAGGGGCGAGUUCAGCCGGAGAGUUGCCCAGCUGCCUGGUAUCGAUCAGGACGACGUGGAGGGGCUGGUGACAGAGCUUUGCAAGCUCAGACUGCCCGAUGCUGUCGAAGCUCUUAACAACCCGCCAGAUCUUAUCAAGCGGGUGAGCGACCUGCAGACUUCUGGCGUGACACUGUCUUCGACAAGUGACAGCGGCGUGGCUGGUGGAGCGGCUACCCUGUCGGUGCCGACGCCCGGAUCUGGAGUGGCGUCGGCGGCGGACAACAUCUCCAUCAAUUCGGCGGCCCCUGCGUCCGCCAAGGAGAGAGAGCGGAUCCUCAAAGCUGUCAGCGGCAUCAUGUCGGCUGGUGCGCCCGUCGAGGAUGUUACAGACAUGAUCGUCUCACUGUCUAAGAAGGACCGGGCAAUGGCUCUCUUCAACCCGGAUUUCCUCCGUCAAAAAGUCGACGAAGCCAAGGACAUCCUCGACAUCACCGACGAAGAUGAGAGCCCGUCAAAUGCUACAAAUGGCAACGGAGCUUCAGCAGCGGCGGUAGCAUCGAAGUCAACAGAAAAGUCACCGGCAGCGCACCACACUUUGGCGAGCCUGGCGCGAUUGCCGGCAAAGGAGAUCAUCCGCCUGGCGACAGAGCCAGCGUCGGCCGCGUCGCCUGGCCUGCCUCUUCCGAAGGCAGACCCAGAGGUCGUCAAAAGCACCGAUGCCUUCAUUGAUGGCUUGCAGGACAAGCCGAUCCAGGAUCAGAAGCAAAAAGUGGGCGACCAGCUCUACAAAAAGAUCAAGAUUUUCGGCAUCAAAGGGGCACCCAAGAUCACCAUUACGCUUCUCGACUCGGAGGACCUGCGGUCGCUGGCCCACCUCAUCAACUCUUACCCAGACUGCCUGAAGGAGAAGGUCGAGCUCGUCGCUGGUCAGAAGCAAUGAACAGCAGUCACAGACCCUAACGAGAACAGCAUCAAUUUCAUCAUUUUUCAUCACCUCAUCAUCACAUACCCAGUUGGAACGGCACGGCGUGAAACGCUUGACCGACACAGCCUUCUCUCCCUUUCCUCUCCAUUCAAUCACCAAAAUUCGGCACUUCAGCCGAGCCAAUGGCUCUCAUCACUUUCGCCUUUAGAUGUUUCUCUCAGACUCUCGCGCCUCGCUACUUCACUUCUUUUUCUCUCCCUCAGUCACCCUAACAUCAAUAAGCGCGCUUCACUAUUCGACUCUUGGUAGGAAAAAGCUUGCUCACUGGCCUGGCCCUCUGCUGUCCCCCCCAAAAUUCUCGCAAGGGCGCAGAGCCGUCCAAGAAAUCUCAGCUUCUUUCCGCCUUUCCC